AUGGGUGGUGUUAAAGCUAUUAGGAUUGUUGUCGAUAAGUACAAGAUGGAUACUGGUCACAAGAUUGCUAUUCUUAAAAAUGGCAGAACUCGUUUUACUGCAAAGUGCGAAGAAGAUGGUUGUGCUUGGAGGAUUCAUUUUGGGCCUGUGAAUGGUGAUACUUCUCGGUUCUUGCUGAAAGAUUCUAACGCUCACAGUGUUGGUUUUGAGAUCUUAUUAGGUGGUGAUCCUAGCUUAAAACCCAGACAAAUCAUGUCACUUUUCAAGAAAACUUAUGGGUCCAAUAUUAAGUAUCACCAUGCCCGUAGAGGGAAAGAAGCUGUAUUUGAAGAACAGUAUGGGUCGUAUAGCGAUUUUACUUGGUAUGUCAAAGAAAUUGAAGAAACUAAUCCCGAUAGCUAUGUGAAGUUUGAAGUUGAGGAUGGAACCAGUAGAUUUCAUAGGAUAUUCGUUUGUUACGGUGCUUGCAAGCAUAGCUAUAGGUAUCUCAAGCCCAUGAUUUACUUGGACGCUACUUUCCUUACUGGUAGAUACAGGGGUACUCUUAUGGCUGCAACAUGUAUCAACGGAAACAAUGAGUUUUACCCAUUUGCUUUUUCUAUUGUUUCUUCUAAAAACAAAGAUAAUUGGUUUUGGUUUCUGGAGAAUCUUCAACAUGUUGUCGAUGAUCGUCCGAUUGUUUUCCUUAGUGAUCGUCAUGAAGGACUUUUGCAGGGCAUUCCAAAAUAUUUUCCUAAUUCACAUCACAACUAUUGCUUUUACCACAUCAAAUGCAAUCUCCCCAUUGGAUCAGGUGAUGCGAAUUUGAAGCCCGUUCUUGAUUUGUUUUACAAAGCUGCGUACUCUUACACACCAUCAAACUUUGAAGAAGCUUUGAGGGGAAUGCAUGCAAUUGGAGAUGGACAUGUUGCUAACUAUAUCAGGACUAUUCCAAAGGAGAAAUGGGCAAAUGUGUUUUUCCCUGUAUGCAGAUAUGGUGCUCACUCUUCAACUCUUGCCGAGUCCUUUAACAACUGGGUUCUUCCUUUCAAAAAUUUUCCUGCUUUUGUUCUUCUCGAUGCGAUACGUUUGAAGGUUAUGGAGAAAAUGUCUGAGAGAAGGAUACUAGGUCUGGAAACAUUCAACACUAGGCUCACUUCUGAAUAUGAGGCUUUACUAAAGGAAAACAUCGACAUUGGUCGUACUUGGACUGUUGUUCAUUCCAUGGAAAGAUUGUAUGAAGUCAGGUCUCCCCGAACUCAUUCUGUAGAUCUAUUGCAGAAAACUUAUUCUGAUCCUACAUCUUCAAUGCCAAACACAAGUGUAAUCAAUAAAGAUAAACAAGACCAAGUGAACCUUGAUGACCAAAAUGUGAUGGAUGGCACUCGAACAACUGAAAUUGAUGAAGCUACUAUAAUUGCAGCUGAAGCCAUAUGUCAGUUGGAUCCUAAAGAAGUUCUUUUACUCACACAAGGAGAAGAAUCACAGAAUGAGACUUAUAUAUCAAUUGAGGACCUUCUAGAUAACUUGUCUGAAACUGUGUUCGUAAAGCUUGAAAAAAGGUUGUUACAGAACGACACCAUCUGA